CUCUGAUGAUCCUGUAACCAGCAGGGAUCUGUUACAGUUUACUUUAUAUUUUCUUUACUUUUAAAGAGUAUAACCAUGCUUAAAGAGCUAAGUGCAGGUUUCUGUCUUAAGGCCUUUCUAGCUGAGCUGAUAGCAACGUUCGUGUUUGUCUUUGUUGGCCUGGGUUCAACUCUAUCAUGGUCGCUGGGCAUCCCAACUGUUCUUCAAAUAGCCUUCACCUUUGGCUUGGGCAUAGGCACUAUGGUACAAGCAGUAGGUCACAUAAGUGGGGCCCAUAUUAAUCCAGCUGUUAGCAUAGCCCUCCUAGUUGGUGCUCGAAUCUCACUAGUUCAGACCUUUUUCUAUAUCAUAGCUCAGAUGUUAGGUGCAGUUAUAGGAGCAGCUUUACUUUCCGAGUUUGUCUCACCAGAAAUCAAAGGAGGUUUUGGAGUUAAUCAGCCAAGCAACAAUGUGACCUCUGGACAAGCCCUGGCCAUUGAGAUUUUCCUGACAUUCCAACUGGUCCUCUGCAUCUUUGCCUCAACAGACAGUCAGAGGUCAGAUAACGUUGGGUCCCCAGCCAUAUCCAUUGGACUUUCUGUGGUUUUAGGACACUUACUUGGGAUCUAUUACACUGGAUGUUCCAUGAAUCCAGCACGUUCUUUUGGUCCUGCACUAAUUACAGGGAACUUUGAAUACCACUGGAUUUUUUGGGUGGGGCCUAUAACAGGAGCCAUACUGGCUUGUCUAGUGUAUGACUAUUUGUUUGUACCCUACUCAAUAAGCUCCAGUGAGAGAAUGGAAAUACUGCGUGGCAACAUACAAGAGAAUGAGAAAGAGGAAAGAAGGAAACAAUCUGUAGGCCUCAAUUCCCUCUACAGCCAAUCAAACCACAAAGAAAAAGUGUAACAUGAAGCAUAAGUAACCUCAUCUGGCGCUUUACAUGAUGGCACUUUCACCAUUGGAAAAACGUUGACAUGAAAUCCCCUUAGGGAGCAACCUGUAAGGACUGAAAUAUGGCAGCUAACAUUGCUGACUUGUUUGUCUUGGACUGUAAUGCUUGUUCUCCUUCUCUCUCUUGACCCCAAUCAAGUAUGUGCAUCAAGUGCCCCAGGAGUUCACUGACUUAAUGCUUGUGCCAGGUCAGUGACCCAGUAAUGAAGUAAGGAUACGGAUGACAACCUCAAAGCUCGCCCAGCAAGCAAGUCAGCAAUCUUUUAUUUCCUCCAUUUUGCCAGCACAUACAGGAAAGUGUUUCUAUGAAAACUGAGCUAGUGAAAUGUGGAAGUACCACACUUAAAAUAAAACUAUUACCAUGUAAAUAUAUAUUUAUACAUAAACACAUGACAGUUUCAUGUGUCACAACCUAAAAAAACACAUUUAGGGAAUGACACAUUAAUGUUUAUAUUCUGAAUAGCUGGAUAAGAUAAUUAGCAAUCAAAGCUAACUGUAUAUAUUACUUUAUCAGAUUUGCAGUUUUAACGAAGACACAAAAAUAGCUGGAAAGGGUCCUAUU